UUCACUGUACUUUCUAGUGAUCUUGUGUUGAAUGUGUAUACUGUUAAGUUCAUGGCUGUGGUUUAUCGGUUCGCCUAUGGCUGCACCCCAGUCAGCGCUUCCACAGCGAAUGCAUCAUGCAUGCUAAGAAGUCGCACCACUACAAUACCAUACAUACACGUGUUGUGAUCUUCAAUUAAAAUGUGGUGAUACCUAAUUCACAUUUAUCAUACUUCCCCACGUCCUCUGUAAACUGGGUUAGGACAUAGAAUCUCUCUACAUUUCUUUGUUCUUUGGUUUACAUGACUGGUUGAGGGAGAUAAACACCGGAUCAACACUGUCACCUCGUGUUCAUUCUGGAUAAAACAAGUAUCAGCUUGCAUUCCGAUCUAUUAAUAAACUGUUGAAAUUGAAACUAUCUUGUGACCCAGAGCACAAAGAAAGGGCUUUUAAUGUGGAGGUCGAUUUGUUGUAGUUUAUGUUAAAAGGGAGACACGAUUGAUUUAAAAUUAUGAAAGCUUUUGCUUGAUUUCUGCUGGGACCCCUGUGACUCACAGCCUUUCCACUGAAGGGUACUAUGUCAAAAGACACGUUUCCAUUUUCUUCUACCUCACUGCGCGCUCUGAGACUGGAGCAGCAGUAUCAAGAAUGGGAGGAUGCUCGGCGAGCAUUGGCUCACAGGAGAGCCAUGAGCAGGACCCCACUGCCCCGGGCUCCCAGGCCUCCUCCCAGGCAGCAGCGACUCCAGGAGGUCCGGGCCCCUCCACCCCAGGUCCGGUGCAGAGACACAGCCAUUCACAACACUUUCAUGUGUGGAGACAUGAAAGGGGUGUAUGCGGUGCUGAAAGACCCUGCAAUGGUCAAUGCCCUGAUGGAGACAGUGCAUGACGAGAUGGUGUGGACUCCAGAGAUGGGGAUGUGGACACUUAGCUCCAAGAUAAAACAAACCUCAGCCCUUCGCCUGGCUGCCAGCCGAGGACACACAGGUUGUGUGGAGGAGCUCCUGUUUCGUGGAGCUGAGGUGAACGCUGACCCUGGAGGCAGCACCGCCCUCCAUGAUGCCUGUGCAGGUGGCCAUGCUGUCUGCGUCCAGCUGCUGCUUUCUCAUGGAGCAGAUCCUGAACUGUUAGCUGCAGAUGGCAGUGCUCCUCUUCACCUCUGCUCCUGUGCCCAGUCAUUCCAGUGUGCUGAGCUGUUAUUAGAAGGAGGUGCAGACAUUAAUGUAAGGAUGGGGGAGUCACGGCUUACACCUCUCCACAUUGCCGCUCGUCGAGGCCUAGAGGAGCAUGUGGAGCUCUUUCUGAGCCACGGUGCAGAUGUUUUAGCUACAAACCAAGAAGGAGAGACCCCUUUGAAUGCUGCAUGCGCUGGAGCCGAUAGGCCAUCUGAGGCUGGUCGUUAUUUACGUGUGAUUCAAAAGCUGCUGGAUGCAGGAGCAAACCCCAGAACUGCAGGCAGGAAGCAGCACAGCCCCUUGCACAACGCCUGUGCAAACUGCAGCCCCAGGAUUGUAGAUGUCCUCUUGAAGCAUGGAGCAAAGGCUGAGGUUGCCAACUGUGCAGAAUACACACCAAUGGACUGUCUGUUACAGGUGGUUGAAGAUUACCCUGAACAGCAAUCUGAGGCAAUAGCACGGUCACUUCUGAACUACGGAGCCAAGCCUGUUUCACCAAAGAUGUUCAAGCUAUGUGUCCGCUCUCCUGCUACUCUGGAGGUGAUGCUGAACUCGUACACAUCUAUUCCUCACUGUGAAUGGAUGGACUCUCUGUCUACUGAGAUAUAUGAGGCACACCGACUUUUCUUCGACUUGGUGCACCAGCGGAGUGGUCAGCCUCGCUCUCUGCAGCAUCUCUGUCGAUGUGCUUUACGUCUGCGCUUCGGAGCCCAGUGUUACUCAGCAGUCAGUAAACUGGACAUUCCCAGCUAUGUGAGGGAUUAUCUGCUGUUGUGUAAUGAUGGGACUCUCCAGUGACAUACAUCGUCUAACAGGAUGAUGCCUCUUUAUAAACACUGUCUAAAAAAAAUAUUACUUUUCUCAGAUUUUAUUUUAUAAACUAACACGUUUUUUUGUUAAC